AUGGAAGACAGACCUUCUAACCUGACCGGUUUGAACGUUUUCUUCCCUAAAAAGGAUGAGCGGCAAAAGAAACGGAAAAAAUCAAAUCCGGAAUCUGCUAGGCGGUCAAGGAUGAAGAAACAAAAAUAUCUAGACGACUUGAGAAGCCAGCUUAACCAGCUCAAUACCGAGAACCGAGAACUAGAAAACCAGCUCCGGUACGUUAUGCACCAUUGUCAAGGCGCGAAUAUGGAAAAUGAUCGUCUACGAGUGGAAAACCAAAUUCUACAUGAGAAGCUGAUGAGCUUAAGACAAGCUUUGGUGCUGCGACAAAUCCAGCAGAGCUCAACGUGUGCCACUUGGUCGUGCGUUAACAGUACUGUUGUAACGGUCCAUCAGAAUCCGUCAAUGCUGAGAGAUCACGUAAUUUGA